CUCUUGAUGCUUAAAUUGAUCUCAUCAGGAAGUCAUAGUUGUUGACAGGAUGCAGAUCAUUAUGAAAGGUCAAAGGGCAUAGAUUCCUGAAUGAUGGCUUCCACGCAUUUUUACAGUUUGGCAUUAACAACAAGGAUAAAUUGCUUUGAUCUGGCAAAUUAAUGUACACAGCUGAAUAAAACAAUGGCUUUUAACUCUGUUCUGCAGAUGUAUACAGAUUGGGCAAAUAGUCUGCUGUGCGAAGAAGGCAUUCUGAUUGGGGGAUUGCAUGAGCUAAGUGAUGGCAAGAUUCUAUGUAAGCUGCUUGAUGCCUUGACAACAUCUCAUCUAUUCCAGGAGGUUACGAAUCAGGAGCCUUUAUCAAAUGUCAGUUUGGUUCUUAACUUCCUAAAACGACAUGAAGUAAAGCUGAAGUCAACUGCAGAAGCAAUUGUGAGUGGGGAACUUAAGAGCACAUUGGAUGUUAUGUGGGCUAUUAUUCUACAUUGCACUGUGCAUUCACCAGAUUUACCAUUAAUACAAAGAACCGUACGUGUUGGCAAGCAGAGACUUCUGGAGUGGUUUAACGAAGUUGUUCCAGAAGCACAAGUCGAUGUCCAUAGUAACCUUAAUCAAUGUUUCUGUGGUAACAACAAACUUGCUACCUUAAUUGGAAAGUAUGUACCGUUUGCACUUGCCGAGGAGAAAAAGGAUGUAUUUGUAGUGAAUUUGACCAAUGCACUCCUUGCUGCCGAAGACAAAUUUGGACUUGUGAAAACACUGAUCAGUCCAUCGGAUGUUAUAACUGGAAGUAUUGACGAACAUUCAUUAAUGAUAUAUAUUGCACUUCUACGCAGAAAGGUUGGCCAUUUAAAUUCUAUGUUACUAGAGUCAUCACCCUCCUUACCUCUCCUUACAGCAAGUUCACAUGGUUUGAGCAUGGCUCAGAUACAUAAUUUAGCAUCAACCAGUCACAGCUUUAAGUUCCUCAAUAGAGGGCGACGUUCCCGAAUUUUCAACAUUGUUCAGAAUACUCUGUUGGAUGUAAGCUGUGACGGAAUGCUUGAUGAAAACGAAUUUGGUGUUACGUCCGUGGAAGGUAAUGAUGAAGAAGACACACGAGCUCACAAAACCAGCUUAUGCCAACAAUUGCACUCAGACACUUGUUCAAAUGCUAUUCUUCCUGAGGCUGCUCCAACAGAUAGUUUCACUCCUGAUAUCAAGAUGUCUGCUGCCAGGAACAUUGAAAGAAUGCUGGAAGAAAGAAGACUUGAUUUUGAGCUAGAUGAAGAAAAAAUGGAUGGCCGAUCUGUUCAAACAAUUCAAAGGCGAAUCGGGAGAGCAAUAAACCCUGAAGAUGAGCUAUUGAACGUUCUUGAUGCUAUUGCUAAAGCUUGUCGCCAUCUUAAGAAAGAACUUGACCAAUCACAGCUGAGAGAGCUUUACUUAAUCCAAGAACUUCAGACUAAAGAAAAAGAUAAUGGCAGUCCAAAUGAUGUUAUACCCAAGUUAGUCCAGGAACUUCAAGUACUACGAAAUGAAAACCGUAGAUUAUUUCGCGAGGCUGUGAUAAUAAAAACUGAAGCUACAAAUGAUAAAAAAGCAAUUGACCGUUUGAAGGUAUCUGUUGAUAGGCUGCAGGCAGAAGUUGAACAUUUAACUGCUGAUAAUUAUCGAUUGAAACUAACAACAAAAGAAAGUGAUAGGUACUUAAAGGGUAAUACAUUUUGCAGUGAAGGUAAAUUUCAUGACAGAAAUGGUACAAUUUCAGACAGAAUUUCUUCAGACAAUUAUUCUGAGCUUCCAAAUACUAAAGAUAUGCACAACUCUAUUUCGGUGGUACUUGCCAAAGACAUCGAUUAUGAUCUUACAACUGUAAACAAAAAACUAGAAAUGGAACUUGCAAAAACUACAGAGAACUUGAAAAAAUCACGAAAUGAAAUUUUUAGGUUGAAACAAGAGAAAAAAUUGUUGAAAAUGAGUGCUGACACAAGUAAACUAGAAGCAAAUACUAAUUUGAAUAGAUGUCAAAGGUUAGAAAGUCUUCUUGUGUAUGCUGAAAAUAAUAUUGGGUUCGGACGAGUUGAAAGGUCAACUGUGUCGCAUCAAGCAAUGGCAGUACCAGAUGUUGCUGCAGAUGCAAAAUAUUUGGAACUUCUGAAAAAACUUGAUGAAGAUAAUGCCUUACUCAGAGAAAGACUUCUGUUGGCUGAAGAAGACAGGGAGAUUUUAAGAGAAGAGGUCAGGCAGUAUAGAAUGAAUGCUUCUCUUGUUCAGCAACGCCAUUUGAUGUCAUUUGCAUUACAUAGCGAUGAAUUGUACAGCUCAUCAGAAGAAAGCAGAUUUCCGAGAUCACAUGAAUUUCAAAGUGAUAGAUGUGAUGGUCAAGGUUUAUCCCACAUGGCAACAGAAAGUGCAAGUGCGUGCAUCAGUACAAGAGACCAUUUGAUAUCAGUUAAUCAGAUUAACUCUGGAGAAGGUGCUGGGGAUAAUAUUAGUAUAGGUAGUAAGAUUAGGAUGUCAACUUUUGAUGCUGCUAGUGAUGACACAACUACUAUUGACUAUACUGAUUCUGAAUCUAUGGAAUUAUUACACCUCAAGGUAAAAACCAGAAAUGCAAGUGAUGCUAGUAGUUCAGUAAGUGGAUUUAGUAUGGACUCUAAAGAUGAUGUGUUUCCAGCAUUGCCAAGUCCAAUACGUAAAACAACUAUCAGUGUCAGUUCUGUAGAAGAGACUGGCAGCAUUGAUGAUCUCAGAGGAGUCAGUCGUGAAAGAAAAUUGAGCCUUGGUGGGCUGAUUGUAUCAAAGGCCGAAAAGUCGCCACCUCGUUUUGAAGAAAGCUCAGCUACUGGGUCAUCCAUAGAACAGAAACCUUCAAAAGAAGAUGUCUUUGAUGAUACAUUUAAAGAUGAUCAGUGUAGGUGCUUAAGUGUAAAGACAGGUGUUGAAGACAUAGAUGGUGAAACAACUCUCACACAAGACACCUUGAAUGUUAAUUCUCCAAGACUUGCUUUGGGAACUUCUCACCUUCUGAAGAAUACUCCAGUUACCUCAACUGCCGUGACUUCCACUACAUAUUUCACAAACUCUUCCACUCCAAAGUCUCCACCAGUAUUUCCUUUUCCAUCUAGCCUUCCAGUAUUUAGCGAUGUAAAGAGAUUAAUUACUAACUUAUCAGAUGGGAGUGAUGCCACUGAUGACGAGUUCAAGGAACUUCCUGAUCAGAUAGAAGAUCCAGAGAGACUUCAUGACACAUCACCAAAAAGUAUCAACUCAAAUGAUAAACUCAGUAUCACACCACAAAAUUUCGUCAAAGCUUUUCCUGAACUUUUCUCAGAUACUGACAGCAGUUUACACAAGGAAUCACCAUGUGCCAGUACAUCCAAGGAUAAUUACUCAGAAAGAUCUGCAAAUCAUGUAGAAAUGAAGUCAACUGGUGUCUAUGUGGAGUGUCUUCCAAAUAUAUCAGAGGAGUCAGGAGUUAAGCCAACACAAGUCAGGGGAGUGGAGGAAAUAAUGGCAGAAGAAAUAAUCAAUUCAUCUGGAUCUGGCCUAACUAUUAAAAAUCAUUCACCUGUUAGUUCAUUACCAGCCAAAGUGUAUAAACAUAAAGUUGGUUUAAGUCCAAGUGACCAACAAUAUGCCAACAGUAUUAUUGAUAAAUACUUAAGACUUCUACCACUCUCGCCAAAAUGAAAAAACAUCAUUUACUUCUUAAAACUCGAUAUCAUCAGUAUGGGUGCUACUAUACUUUUUACAGUAUUUUAUGAAUAACAAAUCAAAAAAAGUUUUAAAAAGGUUUGCUAUACUAAUUCGAGGUGUACAAAACUAUUUUUAUUACCAAAAAAAAAUGAUGGCCAAUCAUUAUUGCUUUAAAAAAACUUAAGUUUUACUGUACACAAAUAUUGUAUUAUGUUAUCAAAUCCUUUGUGAGUAUGUAUGUCUGUGUCAGAUUUGUUGAUGUGUCUGUUCAGAUAUUAUUUGUAACCUAUUGACGCACAUUCUGGUGCAUUUAUAAUUGUAUGUUCCAUUUUAUAGAAUUAUUUUAUAAUGUAUGUUGUGUAAUUAUAAUUUUAUCAAUAUUAAACCAAGCACAAUGCAUGUAAACUUACUGUGAGCUUUUGUAGAUGUUAUCAACAACAGAUGAGUCACGUUGAUAACAUCGACGAAAUGUUGGAGUAAGUUUAAAUAACAUUGUGGUUGUAGACAUCAGAUAUGAUAUAGUAUAAUAGGCCUAAGAUAUGUAAAUGCAGAAACACCAUUAUCACAGGGUAAAAGGAAAACAAAUGUGAAAUCGUUAUUGAUAAAAUACAGUAUUGAAAGUAUCCACUGUUUGACUUAUCUAUAAAUCUUUAAGAGGAUAUAAUGUAAAAUCGUUUUAUGGUAUUUGUAAAGUAACCUUUUAAAACCAAUUCAUUUUAACUGUGUUUUAGUGAUUACAUUUUAACUUGAAUGUGAAAAUACGCAAGCAAAUUCAAUAAUAUAUAUAUUGUAAAUUAUUUUUUAUACUAUUUAAAAACUCUUGAUGUUUGUUGUAUUAUUUGAUUUUGCAUAAGUUUCUUUAUAUCCUUGUUUGUAUUAUUUAAUACUGUAUAUCAUACUGGUGCUCUACCAAUCUGAUAUUCAAGGCUGUGUACCUGUGUUUGUAUGGAAACUCACUGACUGUGCUAAAAUGCACAAAUUCAUUUUUAAUGUACAGUAUUUAUUUAUAAUUUCUAUUCAUAUCAAACUGUGACUGAAUAAUGUGUUGCUUUUUAAACUAAAUCUCGUCAUUAGACAAAUCCAGUUUUGAAGGCAGACAUCUCAACCACCACCUAUAGCACCAUUCAAUAAACAAUGUAUAUUUUUGAAUUUGUACAAUAUUAUAUGACUCCAAUUUAUUAUGUAAAUUUGUAUUGGUGAAUGAAAAGGCUUACGUGUUCAUAGUAUACAAUGUCCGUAUUAAAGUCACCAUUCUGCGAUGUGCUCAACAUAUUGGCUGCCAGUAUUUUCUAAAACGAAAGCACGACGUUAUUCUGGGAUUUAAUGUUUGUAAAAUCUCAAAUACGCAUAUACUGUAGUAAUGAACCAUGCAUCAGACUUUUUAAAUUCAUUUGUACAUAUAGCUACACGUUCUAACGGAGAACUGUGAUGAUUUUUUUUUUUGUGGUAAAUAUUAACAAACACUCAAAAUUAUAUGUGUUAUAGGUCGUGGCUAUAAUUAUUAUGUAUGGAAUUAUUUCAACAAUAAUCUGUAAAUAAAUAUGAUAUGAAUGUAAAGCGGCAUCUUUUAAGAGUUCUGAAAACCGUGAUAAACUGAAAUGUAAGCAUUGUUAAGUCAUUGCGAAAAUCAAUAAAAUACCAUUAAUUACCAACUA